AUGGCCCUGUCGCUAUUGACACCGCGACAGUUUCCACUUCAUCCUGUUACGGUGCAGUAUGCUGUACGAGUUCUGCGAUCCUACCCGGCUGACACUCUGUUGAUGUACAUACCACAACUGGUACAAGCGGUUAGGCAUGACAAUAUCGGUUAUGUAGCCGAACUAAUAGUUUGGCUAGCCGGACAUUCACAACUCCUCGCCCAUCAACUUACGUGGAACAUGGAGACGAAUAUGUACACGGAUGAAGAUGGCAAAAAUAAGGAUCCUGUCUUAUAUGAUGCCCUCAAUGAUAUCAAGAAAAAGAUUGCAAACCAGGUGGAAGGAGCCGCUAGGCGGUUCUACGAGGCAGAGUUCUCACUUUUCCAUCAGCUGACAGGAAUAUCCGGAACGAUAAAGCCUUAUGCUAAAGGAGAAGCCAGGAAAAAAGCUUGUUUGAAAGCAUUGGCUGAGGUUAAAUUAGAGACCAUCACCUACCUCCCAUCGAAUCCUGAAGCCAUUUUACUAGAAAUAGAUUAUUCUAGUGGAAAUCCUAUGCAGAGUGCAGCAAAAGCUCCCUAUCUGGCAAGAUUCAAAGUGAAACAAUGUGGAGUUCAAGAAUUGGAAAGAAUAGGCUUGGAGGCUCAGUCUCGUGAAAAAGGCAAAUCACCACCACCUGAAGCCGAUUUGAACGAAUUGAGAAGAGCUGGUGGGCCUAAUAUUUGUUGGCAAGCUGCUAUAUUCAAGGUCGGUGAUGAUGUUCGGCAAGAUAUGUUGGCACUCCAGUUGAUGCAGCUGAUGAAAAAUGUCUGGGCUGGUGUUGGACUUCCGGUUUGCGUGUUUCCAUACAGGUUAGGU